CUCUCUCUGUCUCACUCCCACUCAUCUCUCUCUCCUCCUCCUCCUCUGUAUCUCAGCUCUUCACGGAACCUCAACUUCAGUGCGACGGCAACAUCUGCGCGAGAGCACACGCGAGAGCCAGAUAGAGAGAGUGCGAAAAAGAGUGAGAGAGUCUGAGAGGCUUUUUUCAGAGCAUCAGCAGAAGGAAAAAAACGAGAGGCAGGGACGCCCGUGGAGAACUGUGUGUUUGUGAGUGUGUGCGAAUGCGAGUGGGCAGUUACGUGUGAGAGUCCGAGGGCACGCUGCCUCCCCGAGGGGGUCGCGAGGGGCGAGGGCUGAGAGGAGGGUGGCUCAACGCUCUCUGCUCUCUCGCCCUGCGCUUCUGCUGCCCCCUCCGCCGCUCCUCACCGCCCCCUGUGCCGCUCAUCUGCCCCUCUCCGCCUGCCCCGCAGCCGCUCCUCUGCCCCCCCUCCCCACCGUGGUGUGUGUGCAGCAUGGAGCCUGAGCACGACGUGGCCGAGCCGGAGCGCAGAGAACGCGCCGAGCCUCUGAGCAGCGUGGAGCGCGCCAUCGUGCAGGACACCUGGGCACGAGUGUACGAGAACUGCGAGGACGUGGGCGUGGCUGUGCUUAUCAGGUUCUUCGUGAACUUCCCAUCGGCAAAGCAGUACUUCAGUCAGUUUCGAGAAAUGGACGACCCGGAGGAGAUGGAAAGGAGCACCCAGCUGAGGAAGCAUGCUUGCCGUGUCAUGAAUGCCAUCAACACGGUGGUGGAGAACCUUCACGAUCCAGAGAAGGUCUCGUCUGUGCUGGAGCUGGUUGGAAAAGCCCAUGCCGUCAAGCACAAAGUGGAGCCCAUGUAUUUUAAGAUUCUGAGCAGCGUUAUUCUUGAAAUUCUCUCUGAAGACUUGGGCGACUGUUUCACCGAUGAGGUGCAGAUGGCCUGGACCAAACUGAUGGCACUGCUCUAUUGGCACAUCACCGGAGCGUACCAAGAGGUGGGCUGGGUCAAACUCUCCAGCUCAGCCGUCUGAAGACCAGCCCAGAACACACACACACACACACACACACACACACACACACACUGCCACACAUGGUCCACUUGCCAACUGAUGAAGAGUCCUAAACAAGUGACAAGUCAAAAGCAAAGAAAAAGACUGGUUUUAUCCAAACACACACACACUCACUACAUCGUCAUUUAUUUCAGUUCUUCAUCAUGACAUUCUUUAUUCUAAUAUAAGCAACAUUUUCAUCUUAUCAACUCUUCAUUCAAAAAAACAGGCAAAUUCGACGUUCUCUGUUUUUCAAUUUGGCAGAACCCACAGAAAACCCAUCUUCUUAUUUUUCUAUAUAUUGCUGGUGUACAUUUCCAUUUUUAGACAAAUUGGUUCUAUGUAAGAAGAGAACAAGAGAACCUACAGUAUUUUACUAGUUGAAAUGGGGUUCACUAGGAGCCCUUAUUUCUCAAAGGAACCCUCGAAGAACCCUUCUUUCUAUUUAAACUAUUAAAACAUUUCAGUGCCUCCUGACCUUUUAUUUUGCUAAUCCAUACACUAUGUUUGUCCUUCAGUUGGAUCACAUGUAAAGUAUAUAAAGAAAGGGUUUUUCUGUCAGAAAGGGUUCUUGGAAGAACUCCAGACAAGAAAUCCUUAAAAACAUUCUUUUUUUUGCAUCUACUGGAGUGACUUCUGUACUUUGGACUGUUUGGAAACAGAACCAAAUCGAACCCUAUGUAGAUAUCUGGAAUUAUGAUCCAUUGAAGUAAUCUGCUUAAAUCCAGAUAACCACAAAUGUUCUAAUCAUUUUUUAUUUUAUCUUUACAGAGGGGUGCUAAUAAGUUUGGAGUAUGUGGUAAAAUUCUUGGAUCAGAUCUCUACUCACACAUUCUAUUAAUAUCGUCCAAUCAGCACAUUCAUGAUGCUCAAAAUCUCUGGUUUUUAUGAAAUCAAUUAAUUUUAUCAAUGUAUAAAGAUUUAAGACAGUAAAAGGCUGAGCAGGACACAUCUGGAAGAAAUGUAAUGCCACAUUGGUGACUUGUUGCUUGAUGGUGUUCUGGUGUGUGUGUGUGUGUGUGUGUGUGUGUGCACGAGGCAACAUUGCGUUCACGUAACCCUGGAAUUACAGUAAUUAAAAGAUUAUCGUUUUAUAGCGACAUACACGAGUCGCUAUAAAUGCUAGCAGUGAUCAAAUCCGUAAAAAAGAAAGUAGGUUACGUUAUUGAGUAUGAGGUUAAUGGAAAAUAAUAGGGAUUGAAAAUGUGCAGGAAUAAAUCACGUCAGAUCCUAAUAUUAAAUCAGUACGUAAACCUUCAAAUGGCCGAGUGUUCAAAAAUUUCCAGCUGGCAGUUAGAACUUUGCAAAGUCAAAAACUUACCAUUAUCAUAAAUUUCCAUAAUUUACCAUAAUUGCAGUAGGUACUUGAUGUGUGUGUGUGUGUGUGUGUGUGUGUGUGUGUGUGUGUGUGUGUGUGUGUGUGUGUGUGUGUUAUUAUGGACGUGUCCCAAAUUACACAUCAAAUUCAG